AUGUCUCACAAUUUUGAGAAAUCCGUAAAAGGGGCCACCAAGGUCAAGCUUGCAGCCCCUAAAUCCAAAUACAUAGAGCACAUCUUAGUAGCGACUCACACAGGCGAAGCAGGAGUAGCGGAAAUAUUUCGAACACUGCAGCUUCGGCUUCGCGAUUCAACAUGGACUAUAGUUUUUAAAGCCCUCAUAGUCGCGCACAUCAUGGUGAGGGAGGGGCAAUUAGACGCUGCAUUACAGUAUAUGGCGGAGAACCCGAGGAAACUUGCAAUCAGCGGGUUUUCAGAAGUCCAGUCACAAGGACAUAACAUCCGCCGGUACUCCGACUACCUCAUCGCGCGCGCAAAUGCAUUCGAGGCUACUAAGACGGAUUAUGUACGAAGUGGGCAAGGGCGGAUGAAGAGGCUAACGGUAGAAAAAGGCCUCUUGAGGGAAACGGAGAUUGUACAGAGACAAAUUCAUGCGCUAUUGCAGUGUGAUCUUUUGACAGAUGAAGUUGAGAACGAGAUAACAUUAACGGCAUUCCGCCUGCUCACGUUGGAUCUCCUGACGCUUUACUCAGUCAUGAACGAGGGCACGAUAAACGUCUUGGAGCAUUAUUUUGAAAUGUCGCGACCCGACAGCGAGCGUGCGCUGGAGAUCUACAAGACUUUUACUCAACAAACAGAGGAGGUCGUAAAGUUUCUAGGUGUCGCUAGACAUUUCCAGGCAGCAACGCGAUUAGAAAUACCCAAGCUUAAGCAUGCCUCUACGGACUUGACUCGACUCCUUGAAGACGACCUUAACGACCCGGAUUUCGAUCAGCGACGAAGGGAAUAUCUACUGCGAAAAGGGGGGAAAGUUGACAACCUGGGUCCAACAUUCACAUCGAGCAAUACGGCUGGUGCAGGAAAUAGGUCUGUGAGCAACCCUAAUCCACCUCGACCUCAAACACAACCUGCUCCACAAAAGAAAGAGAACCCAGCGGACCUGAUCGAUUUCUUCGAUUCGAUCGAUCCACAAUCCAGUGCACAACAGAAUCCUACGCAACAACCACAGUUACAGCAGCAAGCGCAAGCAAUGCAAUUCCAGCAGACGGGCUUCCAACCGCAGCAGCCGCCGUUCUACCCCCAACAAACAGGGUUCCAACAACAAGCGCAACCGACCGGCUUUGGCCAGCCCAUGCCAGUCGGAGGCCCCUUUGCACAGCAAAGCACCAAUCCGUUUGGACAGCAGCAAGCUCAGCAGCCACAGCCACUUCAACCAACCCCAACCGGUGCAGGAUUUGGCGGUUACUCAGCACAACCACAGGCAUACGGAUUCCAAGGAAAUCUUGCCCCCAUUCCCCAGAACAAUGCCGGGCUAUUCUCCCAGCAACAACAGCCAAUGCUAGGUGCGGAGUUACAACAGCAAUCAACCAACCCCUUUAGACAGUCGAUGUUAAUGAGUACCCCGACUGGAAGCGGCGCGCCCGCCUCUCCGCUGAACCGCCAGAGCACGAAUCCUUUUGCGCGACGGCUGUCGAGCGCCAACCCGCCGCAAUUCAACGCCGGCACCCUGCCAGCCCAGCAACCGCCUCAACAGACAGCGCAGCCACUACAACCCCAACGAACGGGAACUAACCCUUUUGCACGAAGCUCUUCCGUUCCUCCGCAGCAGUCUCAGGGGCUACAGCCUCCUGGACUGGCGCCUCUGCGGCCAAACCCCACGGGAAGCACGAAUCCUUUCCGACAAAGCGCUUUUGUCAACCCGCAGACUGGCCAGGGGUGGCAUGUUAGCGGCCAGCAAGGCACCAUGGGAGGUUAUGAGCAGCUGGAGACCGUGCCAAUCUUUCCGCGGCCUGGAAUGUAA